AUGUCCACCUGCACAUUUUCACAAAGCAUAAAAGAAGAAACUAACUGUUGUAUGUACUCCGACAAGAGAGCAAAGGUCAGUUCGUCCGAGAUACCCGCGUACUCCAACCUGAUUCCCGAAACAUGUUCCGUUGAUAGUCCCGAGAUUCCGGUCCCUGGCUAUUUUAGACUAAGUCAAACUUAUGCGACGGCGAAAAACCCGGACUAUGACAGCGAGACGAUGAGCCCGAACACUACGUUAAUGCAGCUGAACAGGGUGACUCCAAAGGCGCAGUCAACGCCCUUUGUCGAGGUGGAAAAGAAGCUUACGCUCGAUCGGGACACAAGGAGCUCUUCCCCGGCGCGGAGUCCAGAGCCCAAAGUCAGCACGCUGGAGGAGAAGAAUUGCUCAACUGAGGCGUCUGUCUCCAGCCCUGAAUUGCCACACAGAGAAGGCAAAGAAUCUAAAAACAACACACCGACGAGCAACUGGUUAACCGCGAAGAGUGGAAGGAAAAAAAGAUGUCCCUACACAAAAUACCAGACCUUGGAAUUAGAAAAAGAGUUUUUAUUCAACAUGUACCUGACUCGGGAGCGCCGUCUAGAGAUAAGCAAAUGCGUCAACCUCACUGACAGACAAGUGAAAAUCUGGUUCCAAAACCGCAGGAUGAAACUUAAGAAGAUGAGUAGAGAAAAUCGUAUCCGUGAACUCACAUCCAAUCUCACUUUUUCGUGAGCAUGAAAACAAGAGCAUUUCAAAAACUUACCUCCCUCCCCGUUUCGGUCCAUCUGUGUUCUCCUGUAUAAUGUUGACAUGAGGGCGGUGUGCAUUGUUUUGGCUACUUUCACGUUCCAGUGUUGUGAUCGUUGCUAAAUCUUUGUCAUUUGUUGCUACAUCUUUCAUUGCAUUUGAAAUGUGAAGCCUUGUGUAUUUCAGUAUGUUUCACAGGGUAUAAAACUGGCGUUAGGUCUUAACUUAUAUAAUAAGAUAGAAACAGCCUAUUCCGAGCGGCUUCAUUUCAGCGGGGACAGAGCAAAAAUGUCGCAGAAACAUUUGCGCUAAAAAACGACAUUAAAGCACAUUUGAAAG